GCAGGAAUCUGUCGGUAACAUUUGUGUGUGUUUAUCGGCGGGUUUUCUGCUCUACAACAUGGAAACGUUUAAUAAAUUAAAACAGUUUGACGCUUAUCCCAAAACUCUGGAGGAUUUCCGAGUGAAACGGGGAGGAGCGACCGUGACGAUCAUCAGCGGGAUCAUCAUGUUGAUCCUGUUCGUCUCCGAGCUGCAGUAUUAUCUCACUAAAGAGGUUCACCCUGAGCUGUACGUGGACACGUCGCGAGGAGACAAACUCAAAAUCAACGUAGACGUCCUUUUCCCUCACAUGCCCUGCGCCUAUCUCAGUAUAGAUGCGAUGGACGUGGCCGGCGAGCAGCAGCUGGACGUCGAACACAAUCUCUUCAAACAGCGGCUGGACAAAGACCUGAAGCCUGUCACCAACGAGGCAGAAAAACACGAUCUCGGUACGGCGGACGAUGGACAAACGUUCGACCCGAGUUCACUCGACCCAAACAGAUGUGAGAGCUGCUAUGGAGCGGAGACUGAAGACCUGAAAUGCUGUAACACGUGUGAUGAUGUUCGGGAGGCGUACCGGAGGCGCGGCUGGGCUUUUAAGAACGCCGACACCAUCGUUCAGUGUAAGAGAGAAGGAUUCACGCAGAAGAUGCAGGAGCAGAAGAACGAGGGCUGCCAGGUGUACGGCUUCCUGGAGGUCAACAAGGUUGCAGGAAACUUCCACUUUGCUCCAGGAAAGAGUUUCCAGCAGUCUCACGUCCACGUGCACGCUGUGGAAAUUCACGACCUGCAGAGUUUCGGCUUAGACAACAUAAACAUGACCCACCUGAUAAAACACCUCUCGUUCGGGAAAGAUUACCCCGGCAUCGUGAACCCUCUGGACGACACGGACGUCAACGCACCUCAAGCAUCAAUGAUGUACCAGUAUUUUGUGAAAAUCGUUCCUACCAUCUACGUAAAAACUGACGGAGAGGUGGUAAAAACAAACCAGUUUUCCGUCACCAGACACGAGAAAGUGGCCAACGGGCUGAUAGGAGACCAGGGGCUGCCGGGCGUCUUUGUUUUAUACGAACUGUCCCCUAUGAUGGUUAAAUUCACAGAGAAACACAGGUAGGAGAAAUAGAAUUCUUUAUUGUCAUCAGUGUGUGCCAUUAUUGGAGGAGUAUUUACAGUUGCCGGAUUGAUCGAUUCGCUCAUCUACCACUCAGCUCGGGUCAUCCAGAAGAAGAUAGAGUUGGGAAAAGCCUCCUAACAGCGCCCCCUGCUGGCCUCCACGGUGAAAAAAAAAACCAGACAGAAAAGAAAGGACAGAGGGAGACAGAGAGGUUUUAAAUCCGCCACGUUUUCGAUUCCUCUGUCUCUCUUUUCGUUCUGGAAAAAGCACUGAAGAGGAACUUUUUGGGGGCAUUUUGCUCUCCGGUUAAAAUGUAACGGAGGGUUUUUUUGUGAUUGAACUCAAGAGAGGAAGCUUCUUUUUCUUCUUCUUCUUCACGGAGGACGGGAACUUCACUCUCUUCUUUAACGUCCUGAUUCAGCGUCGCCCACAUUCGUUAGAGGAUCCAAAGGGGUGAGGAUGAGAGGGAGGCUUUUUGGGAAGGAAUACGUCACCCCAAAUUAUUCAUUUUCAUAUCAGUAACUCUUUUCUCCAUUUAACUUGUGAAGAACCACCAUAUAUAACAAGUUGUGUGAAGUUGAUUAGACCUUUUUUAGGGUGAAAUGUUCCUUUAAAAGACCAAAAGUACUUCAAUACCAGCUGAUUUUCUCUGAUUUUCAGCUGAAUAACGACACUUUACGGCAGAUAAACGACAUGUCACCCCAAAAAUUAUUCAUUUUCCUAUCAGUCACUCCUUUCAAACUCUUGUACACGUUAAAGCAAAUGUAUCCUUUAAUGUGAGGAAGUGAAGAAAGUGAAGAACGACCAUCUAUUACAACUUGUGAGAAGUUGAUACUAAAAAAUGUCGUGUGAUUUGAUCCUUUGAAGACUUUCUGUACAAAAAAUGCCUCAAAACCAGCUGGUUUUCAUUGAUUUUCAACAAAAUAACGUCACUAUAAGGCAGAUAAAAGAAAUACGUCACCCCAAAUUAUAUAUUGUCCUAUCACUCACUCUUAUCAAACUAUUCCACAAUUUAAAGCAAAGUUAAAAGUGAAGAACGACCAUCUAUUACAAGUUGUGAGGAGUUAAUAAGACAUUUUUUCGGGGUGAAAUGUUCCUUUAAAAGAUCAGAAAUACUUAAAAACCAGCUGAUUUUCACUUGACGACACUUUAAGACAGAUAAAAUAAAUACAUCACCUCUAAAUGAUUAGUUUUCUCAUCAGUGACUUCCUCCUCGACACGUAUUACAAGUUGUGAGAAGUUGAUAAGGAAACAUGUUGGGUGACGUGAUUCUAUAAAGACUUUCUGUACAAAAAAUCCCUCAAAACCAGCAGAUUUUCUUUGAUUUUCAGCUAAAUAACGACACUUUACGGCAGAUAAAAGACCGCAAAUGAUUAGUUAUCUUAUCAGUUACUUCCUCGAUGUAACAGCAGAAACCUUAAUAGAAGAAACAAUGUAUUUAAUCCAGAAUCACUAACAGGACACAUAAUCAUUUUUUCUCGAUAAGAUCUAAAUGUAUUGGGAAAAAUGUAGGGAUUCGUUUUGUAUUUUUCUGAUUUUCAACAAAAACCACAUUAUUAUUUUCCCUUGUUGGGUGAAGUGUUCCUUUAAAGACUUUCUGUACAAAAAAUCCCUCAAAAACCAUCUGAUUUCCUCAGCCAAAAAAAAGCCACUUUAAAGGCAGAUUUCUGACCUCAAGCUUGAAUUAAAACCCACUCUGUGUAGGAUUUGGUUUUUCUAUCGUGAGAAUCUGAAUGACUUGAGUUUACAGCCGUCAAAACAGGUGCAAAUAGUCAAAAACAAGUAGAAAAUAUGGAUUUAUUUAGCCGGGAACUCGAAGUCAGCUGCUUUUCAUCCGAUAAUAACGUCACAUUCAUGAACAUCCACCUGUUUUAGUGCCAACUCUCCACUGUGACAUGAACUGAUAUUUUGUCUCUCAGUGUUUUUUGGAUUCAUGCAUUUCUUUAAAUCCUACACACAGUGGCUUUAAAAUAAAGAGAUUUUAUUUGAAAA